AUGACACAGGAUAAACGGGGGAAGCUUGGUGCCAGAACAAAUUAUACCUCAGCAAAGUCAAAAACCUGUGAUCAAAGGGCCAAGAAGAAACUUUCUGCCACUCUGCUGAGCCUUUUGGACACUGAGGAUGACCUGUCUAAUAUCCAGUGGGGAUCAGUGCCUUUAGAAGUACAGGACUGGCUGACUGUUACCUUCGCAAGGAAAAAAGAGGCGUACAGUAUCAAACCUGAGGAUCAGCCAAGCAUUCGAACUAUUUCAUAUGCAGUCCAGGCUAGUGUUUUGGUAAAAAGGAUGUUCCGUACACCCACCAGUGCAAGUGGUUUGGCUUAUCCAGAGAAAGUAAUUGCAGCUUUUAAGGACAUUGAUAAAUGGGAUUUUGAUGUAUUUGCCUUAAAUGAAACUUGUGAAGGGCACAGCUUAAAAUACCUGAUGUGUGAUCUGUUCAACAAGUAUGAUCUUCUGAGACAAUUCAAGAUCCCAAUUACCUGCCUGAUUUCAUUUGCAAGUGCUCUGGAAGUUGGCUACAGCAAGCACCAAAAUCCAUAUCACAAUGUGAUGCAUGCUACAGAUGUUACCCAAACUGUGCAUUGCAUAAUGCUUCACACUGGUAUGAUGCAUUGGUUCACUGACCUGGAGAUAUUAGCAAUUCUUUUCAGCACGUCAAUCCAUGAUUAUGAACAUACUGGAACCACAAACCAUUUCCAUGUUAGGACAAGGUCAGAAAUGGCACUUUUGUACAAUGAUAAAUCAGUUCUUGAAAACCAUCAUGUGAGUGCUGUUUACCAACUCAUGCAAAAUGAAGAUAUGAACAUCUUGGUCAAUUUAACCAACGAGGAAUGGAGGGAACUGCGCCGGCUGGUCAUUGAGAUGGUUUUAGCUACGGACAUGUCAAAUCAUUUCCAGCAAAUGAAAUAUCUGAAACACGUUCUGAAAUGCCUUCAGCAUGUAAAAAGGACAGAUAGAGAUAAACUCAUGUCCAUGAUUGUCCAUGCAGCUGACAUAAGUCAUCCAUCAAAGCCCUGGAAAUUGCAUCAGCAAUGGGCAAAUGCACUAAUGGAUGAAUUCUUCAAGCAGGGAGACAAGGAGGCUGAAUUAGGAUUGCCUAUUUCUCCACUCUGUGAUCGUGGGACUACCAAUAUUGCUGAAACUCAAAUAGGCUUUAUUGAUGUCAUAGUGAAACCAAUUUUUUCUCUGAUAAUUGAAGCAGCUGAGAAAAUUGUUGAGCCUCUUAUUUAUGAAGCUUUUGAAACUGGAUGUUCCUCUAGCAGAGAUUCUGGGUAUUUUUCUGGGUAUGACUGUUCUUCUUGCUUUUUUUGGCUUCCUGAUAGCCCAAUGAGGAAUUUUAAGUUAACACUAUCAGGGUCAAUUGAAGAUGAAAAUAAACCAAAACUUAGUGGGAACAGUUUUGAAGAGGAAGAAAACGUUAGUCUGGGAAGCGUCAAAAGUGAAAGUGGGACUUGCACAGAGAGAAAUCUCUUAAUUUCAUUGGAUAUAGCAAGCUUUGAAGAACACUUGGUGCAUAAUAUUGAAGCAAACAGAAAAAAGUGGAAAGAGAGCCAGGAGCCCAAGAGCAAAGAAUCACCAAUGAAAGAAAGUAACAAGGCCAAAGACAAAGUAAGUAAAGAUAAAAAAGAGGGGGGGAAACCCCAGAAAACAUCAAAGCCCAAACACCAUCCUUCAAAGUCCAAUAAACUUUGUAUUGCACCACAAAGUCCUACCCUUUGCGAUUGUGAGCUUUGCCACAACAGAGCAUUUGAACCAAUGGAUGUCAGCUUCAUCGUUUACAACGCAGGUGCAUCAGAACUGUUUCAGCCACAGCCAGAUGAUGAGGUCAUGGAUGUCACAGAAUCAUAUGAGGAAUUGGUGGAUAAUAAAAGUUCAUGGAGGAAAGCUGCUGGCCAGGAUACAGAUAAAAACAUAUACGAGAUGAGAGGCAUGGUUCCAAAAACAAAACCUCUGCGUCCUAAUGAAAGCGAUGAUGUGAUCAUUGAGGAAUUCAUACCAGACGAUCCUGAGCCCCCAAAAGAAAGUGAACCUCCUGCCGUCCCUGAUCACAAUGGUGCCCAGAUGUCACCUGGUCUUGGCUUUAUGUCAGAGCUAACCAAAAGUGAAGUCGAAUUCUUUUCCCUGUGGAACGAAGAAACUAUGAGACGUGCUGCGGAGCAGCAGAAACAAGACCAAAGCAGAAUGGCUGCUGACGCUGCGUUACAGGUGGCAACAUCAGCAAAACAAAAUGAGGGUUGUCAAGCAAACUCAGCUGAUCAAAACUUUGUUCUACAAGUAAUCUCUAUUGACACCCCUAUUGUAACAAACAGGACAGAAUCAGGACAACAUUGUGACCCAUCCCAGAAGGAAGUUGCCAGUACUUCUGCCCUAAAGCAAGAUAUCACCACGCCAUCAAAUGCAUGCCAACAAAAUGAAACAACCCCACGUGGAGCUGGAGCUGCAGCUGUAUCUGUCACAUCCUUGAGCUAUGGGGUAUUUAAAAUUCCCCAGUAGAUUAUUGAUCUAACUGGUAGGCUAAGAUUGCACUGUCUUCAAGCUUAACAGAAACCAAGAGCUGAUCAAAUACAAGGCACCUGACUCAAACAUAGAACUUCUGACUGCUGAAUGUUCAAAAGUUAAGGGGGAAAUGCUUAUUGUGAAAUCAGUUGACAGAAAUCUGAAACACGCAUUGGUCGCUACAGAAUAGGUAGAGGUAAUUCUUAAUAAACCUUCUUAUUGGUGGAAAUGAAACCCACCUCUUCCCCUUCCCCUGAAGAUUUUGAGUCUGUGGGACUUUUCAGGAGGCUGAAAUAGAAGUGUGAGAGAAAAUAUACAAGGAGAAGAAAGGCAUGUCUAUGGGAUGGAAUUAGUAGCAGUAUUGUGUGCUAAAGAAACAGACGUUAAAUAUUUAUCUUGAUACCAUUUUUAGUCAGACUACAGAGUUUGUGUUUGGGAUAGAAGAAUGGUGAAGGGGCAGAGAAGGAGUAUAAAGAUUGCACAUAUGGUCUUGAAGAGGAAAAAAACAACCUUUUCAGGAGCACUUUGAGACUUCCUAGCCAUCAUGCACACUAGGGACCCAUCUCAGGAUCUGGCAAAAUGCACGUGGCAGAGCACACUCUCAAUCCAGUGUUUUGUUAGGGGAUGUGAUAUGUUGGGGGAGCUCUUUCUUGUUCCUUUGAGAUGGACAGAUCAUUGCCUGGUCAUUCCCAGUGCUGGUGAGAAACAUAGAAUCAUAGAAUCAUAGAGUUGGAAGAGACCACAAGGGCCAUCGAGUCCAA